UGCUUUUACUUUCUGUAUUUCCUGCUUGGUGUUUCCACUCGGAAAGAUGGCAGAAGUGAAAUCCACAUUGGUUUGUGCAGUGAUUUUGUUAAGCUCAGCGGUCUUUGCAUUGGUUGAAGAUCUCGAUGACACGUUUAAGGAUAGCAGGAUGGAUGACGUGUGGCUAGUGGAUUUCUAUGCACCUUGGUGCGGAUACUGCAAGAAGCUGGAGCCUGUGUGGCAGGAAGUGGGGGCAGAGCUGAAGGGAUCUGGAUCACCUGUUCGCGUGGGCAAGAUCGACGCGACUGCCUUCGCUGGUGUUGCCUCAGAGUUUGGAGUGAGGGGCUACCCAACAAUAAAACUAUUAAAGGGGGAGCUAACCUACAACUACAAAGGGCCCAGGACCAAGGAUGACAUCAUUGAGUUUGCCAACAGAGUAGCAGGGCCAGCAGUCCGAUCUCUCCCAAGCAAGCAGAUGUUUGACCAUGUCAUGAGACGACACAACAUACUUUUUGUUUAUGUUGGCCGGGACUCACCCCUCAAGGAGAAGUACAUGGAGGUGGCCUCUGAACUCAUAGUCUACACCUACUUCUUCGCUGCUUCUGAGGAUGUCUUGCCGAAGGAAGUUACAAUACCUGAGCUUCCAGCAGUUGUCGUCUUCAAGGAUGGCGCCUACUUUACUUAUGAUGAAUACCAAGAUUCCUCUCUCUCCAGCUGGAUAAAUAAGGAACGCUUCCUUGGCUAUCUCCAGAUCGAUGGAUUCGUUUUGUACGAACUAGGAGAGACAGGCAAAUUGGUGGCGAUGGCAGUUGUCGAUGAGAAGAACCUGACGGAAGACAGCAUCAGGUUAAAGACGUUGGUUCAGAGAGUGUCAACUGAGUACAGAGAUCAUUUUACCAGGGACAUUCAGUUCGGCCACAUGGAUGGUAAUGACUACAUCAACGGCCUCAUUAUGGGUGAAGUUGCAGUGCCCUCCUUCAUCAUUUUGAACACAUCCAAUGAGCAGUACUUCCUGCCCAGUGGGCCGUUGGAGACUAUGGAUCAGCUGCUCAGCUUCAUCAACAGUGUGCUGGAUGGAACUGCUCAGGCCCAGGGAGGGGACAGCAUAUUUCAGCGUGUCAGAAGACUGGCUUACGACGCAAAAUCCACAGUGAUGUCGGUGUUCCAGACCUCCCCGGUGCUGGGCUGCUUCCUGUUCGGCCUCCCGCUGGGCGUGAUCAGCCUCAUGUGCUACGGCAUCUGCACGGCCGAGACGGACGAUGGCGCUGAAGACCUGGAGCCGCUCAAGAGGGAGGGCCUGACGGACGAGGAGGAUGAUGACGAAGGCCAGAGGCAGCCCAUGGAGCUGGAGGGCCCGGGGGGCGAGGGCGAGGGCGAGCCGCAGGAGGAGAAGUCCCUCGUUGACAAGAAAGCCGAUUAACGCAGGAGUUCGCUGUUAGAACGGGCUUAAAUUCAGUAACGUGACUUCAAAAUAUCAGUGCUUUCCCAGUUCCCCCCCCCCCCCCCCCCCCCCUGUAGUCUCUUCCCCAACCCCUACCCAACCCCCUCGUUCAGUUUAGCUUUUUAUUUCCUUAACUUUUACUUUGGGAUCGGUUAUAUCAUUAACCAGGCAGGGCCGAGCUGACUGCCACCUCAUGGCCACGAGGAGGAAAAGGAAGCAACGAAAAUGAGGAACAGGCUUUGAGAAAGAGUAGGACUCUCUCUGAGGAGCUCGUUCCUAGUCGUGCUUCACCGUGAUCUGUGGGGUCUUUGUUGGAGUUUCCACUGGAGAGCAUUGCAGCUAGCGAAGGUCCCAGAUCGCACCAUUUAUUCCGAGCAGAGGUGUCUUCAGGAAGUGCUUCACCUUUGAAUUAAUGAAGCUUCCUCGCAGGGUGUUUGACACUCCACCCGGGUCCUGCUGAGUUGCUAUUUUAUUGUCCUCGUGGAAUCCGAAGAAUUCUCUGGCUGAAGAUCAGGGCUAUAUUUCGAUAUAGACGCCUUGUGAAAGCGGUUAUUGUGUGAAGCUCUCAAGGCCAAACAACGUAAUCUGUGGUCACGGUUGUAUUUUGUAAUUGUAUUUUUAUUUAUUUGUAUUAUUAUUUUUGUCAGUCAGGCCUAGUUGAAUAUUGUGUUAAGUCACCCAUGCAGAAACUAUGUUCUAUUUAUUUUUCUUGGAAGCUAAUGAAUCAAACGCUUAAAAAUACUGAGGCAGCCAGUUACAAACAGGAAGGCUUUUGUAAGGGUUUAGUACAGUGUCUGCAAAUGAUUUCUGCUGUAGUUUGCAGGGGUUCCAGGUUAUGAGGACCAACCCAAGAUGACUGAGGAUGAUGAAAAUAUAAAACAAAUUAAACUUUCCCAGGUUACAAAAUGCACUGAAUUCCAAGGCCAAGUUGCUGCAUACAAGUUUGAGUUGUAGGUUAUUAUAAGUACUACUUUAUAAAAACAAAAAGGAAAAAUAGCAAGCACAUUGCAAUAAAUAUAUUGCACAAAUAUUUCGUAUCGUUGCUGGUUUUCUGAAUCUCAUUCUGUGGUUCUUGCGUAAUAAAAUAAUUUUUGGAUAAAAGACUGUUAGUCAAUUAACUACCAGACAGUGUUUGCAGUUAAUCAAACUGAUGAAUACCUAUUUUCAACUGUGAAAGCCUUGCAUCUGGACAUUGUAGUGUCCUGCCUUUGGCUUAUGGCAAACCUACUUUUCAGUAUGAAAAAUAAUAUUGGCAGUUUAUAAGUUUGAAAUAAAGGUUAUCCUUGUUCCCCUGUUACAUAGACCAAUUUGUCCAGCAAACACAAGGCUAAUAUUUUUCCUCUUGACAUCCCUCCUCAGCAUAUUCUCACCUUCCCUUAUCUCUCAUUUUUGCUGACUUCUCUGUUGCUUUUACUCUCCUACCGUCACUGUCCCUACGGAAAGAAAAAAACUUUUUCCACUGUAACAAAUUUAUCGAGCGCUAGGCAUUUUAUUUCCUUUCAAUUUAUUUGGUUUUACCUUGGGCAUGUCAGGUCUUUUGUGUCUAGUGCCUUGAAUGUCUCCGUCUGACCUUUAGAAUUGGAAAAGACAAGAGAAACUGAGUUGGGAGUUUUGGAUACACUGAAUUUAAAUGACUUGGCAAGUUCUCGUUUGCGCUGCUUUCCAAUGGCUGAUAUCACAGAUGGUGAUAUCUCAAGCAUUUACUGUUAAGACAGGAAGUUGACUACCACAGAUACAUUCCUAUCACAGAAAAUGAAGUUCAUUUUAAUUUGAUUUGUUCAUCAAAAUUCAUCAUGAAUUUUAUUUGUUCAUCAUAUUUGUUUUGGUUUCAAUAAAGAAUAAUCAGUGUGAA